GAUGGUCCGUACCCGAAAGUCGCUGUGCUCUUCUUUGCUCUUUUCUCAAGCAAAAUACCCAAUAACCCUUUUCGAUUUCCAAUCCAAUCUCCCCCACUUGACUUCUUUCUUGAAUAAGCUUGUUUCUUGAAUCCAAUUCAAUCAAACAGUCGAAAAAACCAACUGAUUUCUACUGAUUUUCUUGAUUUGGAACUGGAAUUGGAAUUAGUACAAGUUUUUGGGAGAUUCUUUUCUUCGAUAAGGAAGUUGAAAAGGUGAAACUUAACUUGGGGAAGAACAGAAGCAGAUGUCUAAAUUCGAAGGGGUUCUUGUUUCUGAUCAUUGGCUUCAAAGCCAGUUCACACAAGUUCAACUUCGUACACUCAAAUCCAAGUUUCUAUCAUUAAAGAAUGAAAAUGGUCAAGUUACUGGUCAAGGUUUGCCUAUCUUGCUUGCAAAGUUGAAGCCUUUUAAUGAGAUUUUCAAGGAGAAGGAAAUAGGGGACUUAUUAUGUGAAUCUGGUUUGGAUAUGAGCAAAGAAAUGGAAUUUGAAGGCUUCUUGAGGGCUUAUUUGAAUUUGCAUUCCCAAGCUGCUGCAAAAUUGGGUAAUUCGAAUAACUCAUCUUCGUUUCUUCAAGCAACAACCACGACUUUACUUCAUACGAUCGAUGAAUCAGAGAAAGAAUCUUAUGUUGCUCAUAUCAAUAGCUAUCUUAGAGAUGAUCCAUUUAUGAAGCAGUUUCUUCCCAUAGAUCCAGCUACAAAUGCUUUGUUUGAGCUUGCUAGAGAUGGGGUUCUUCUAUGUAAACUCAUCAAUGUGGCCGUGCCCAAUACGAUAGAUGAACGUGCUAUCAAUACAAAACGAGUACUUAAUCCGUGGGAAAGAAAUGAAAAUCAUACACUUUGCCUUAACUCUGCUAAGGCUAUAGGAUGUACGGUAGUAAACAUUGGCAACCAAGAUCUGGUGGAGGGAAGACCCCAUUUGGUUCUUGGCCUAAUUUCUCAGAUUAUAAAGAUUCAACUUCUGGCUGAUCUCAACCUUAGAAAGACACCUCAACUUGUGGAAUUGGUGGAGGACAACAAUGAUGUUGAGGAGCUUUUGGGAUUAGCACCUGAAAAAAUCCUGUUAAAAUGGAUGAACUUUCACCUUAAGAAAGCUGGUUACAAGAAACCCGUUACAAAUUUCUCGUCUGAUCUCAAGGAUGGAGAAGCUUAUGCGUAUCUGCUUAAUGUUCUUGCUCCAGAACAUUGCACACCAGCCACUCUGGACACCAAAGAUCCUGCCGAAAGGGCAAAUUUGGUACUUGAGCAUGCUGAGAAAAUGGAUUGCAAAAGAUACUUGGCUCCCAAAGAUAUUGUUGAAGGCUCGACAAAUUUAAAUCUUGCAUUUGUUGCGCAAAUUUUCCACCAAAGGAACGGUUUGUCUACCGAUAGCAAAAAGAUAUCUUAUGCUGAGAUGAUGACCGAUGAUGUACAAAUGUCAAGAGAGGAAAGAUGUUUCAGACUUUGGAUCAAUAGUCUUGGAAUAUCUUCAUACGUGAAUAAUUUGUUCGAGGACGUCAGAAAUGGAUGGACACUUCUAGAAGUUCUUGAUAAGGUUUCUCCGGAAUCGGUUAAUUGGAAGCAUGCGACGAAACCUCCUAUUAAGAUGCCAUUUAGAAAAGUCGAGAAUUGCAAUCAAGUUAUUAAGAUUGGAAAGCAUUUGAAGUUUUCCCUUGUGAACGUAGCGGGAAAUGACUUUGUACAAGGGAAUAAGAAACUUAUACUCGCUUUCUUGUGGCAAUUGAUGAGGUUUAAUAUGCUUCAACUUUUGAAGAACUUGAGAUCCCGCUCUAACGGGAAGGAGAUAACAGACGCUGAUAUUUUGAAUUGGGCAAAUAAGAAAGUGAAGAACACUGGGAGAGUUUCUCAAAUGGAGAGUUUUCGGGAUAAGAGUCUCUCGAAUGGGAUAUUUUUCCUCGAGCUUCUUAGUGCAGUUGAGGCUAGAGUUGUCAACUGGAACCUUGUAACCAAGGGUGAAAGUGAAGAGGAAAAGAAGCUGAAUGCAACUUACAUUAUCAGUGUCGCACGAAAGCUUGGGUGCUCAAUUUUCUUGUUGCCUGAAGACAUCAUGGAGGUGAACCAGAAGAUGAUACUUAUGCUCACAGCCAGCAUUAUGUACUGGAGCCUUCAGCAAUCUUCAACAGACGAAUCCGAAUCAUCUCCUUCUUCUAUCGCUGCAACUCCCGAAGCAUCCCCGGCACCUUCUAUGAACGGGGACGAAGAGAGCUUCGUGGGCGGUGAAAUGACCAAUUUGUCCAUCGAUGAUGCAGCCUCUGAUACGACCGUCUCUUCGAGUCAAGAGAACGACACUUUGUUACAGUAAUAUGUUACUUAUAUUUGUAAGUAAAAAAAGGGAAAGGUAAGAAAGUAAAGAUAAAUUCAUUGAAAAAAGCUAGAUAGAAAGGGAACAUAUGAUGAUGAUGAUAUAUACUGAGAUAGAUUUGUUUCUGUUUUUUGGUGGAAAUUUUGUUUUGGCUUAUUGAAUAAGCUGUACAUUCUUUCAUGCAAUAUUCAUAAAGUAUUUUGUUGGCCC